CGCCAUUUUGAUUCGAAAAAAUAUGACUGAGUUUUUCCUGCUUUGCACGCUAAACUUAGCUCCGCGUUUGAAUUUGGUCCGAAUCAAACGCGCUUCGUCCGAACCGACAGCUACCGGAGCCGUCGAUGCCCGAGAACCCGCCCGCGGCCCGGUAACAGCCUCUCGGGGUGGAUUUUAAAGCCACGUUUUGAAAGUAACGUCGGGUUGGAGGGGGGGGGGGGCUAACUUGAAGCUAGCAGGCAGGCAGCCUCCUGUCCUGAUUGUCGCGGGUAAGCAGGCUGACGAGGGUGUUCUUCAAAACAAAUCACUAAACAUACGAGGCUCAUGCAUUGUAGCGGACGCGGCUAAUUGUUAGCUGGGGGGGGACCUAGUGCGAGGACUGGGGGGGGGGGAGAGACAAAAAAAAAAACUCCGUAACGUUCUAACGCAGAAAAAAAGGAAGAGGCACGCUGUUGAGAUCCUAUCAAAGAGCAUUAUGGUCUUAAAAAGAGGCCGUUUGGAGUCGGUCGAGGCCAGGGACGACCGAGCCAUGUGGUGUAGACGUUAAAGGUUUUGCUGAGCCUCCCAGUGUCCCAUCUCCGCAAGAGGCCUUCAUCUUAAAGGAGACCCAUGCUGAUAAAUGCCAGGCUUCGCCGCAUUUUCUGUCUUCUGCACAAACACAAAUGCCUGCCUGCCCGUGGGGGAGGUCUGAUUAAAGAUAUCCACAUUUCAUUCACUGGGCUGUGUACCCCAACCCGGCGGCCAUCAUGUUUUGGAAGUUCGACCUGCACACCACGUCCCACAUCGACCAGCUGUUGGACCGGGAGGACGUGACGCUGCGCGAGCUGAUGGAGGAGGACGACGUGCUGCAGGAGUGCAAGGCCCAGAACCGCCGCCUGCUGCUCUUCCUCUCCCAGGACCACUGCAUGCAGGAGUUGGUGGGCCUCAUCACCACAGAACCACCCGCAGACCUGGAGGAGAGGAGCCGCUUUAAGCUUCCCAACGUCGCAUGCGAGCUCCUGACCUCGGAUGUGUCACUUAUAAACGAUAAGCUGGGCGGAGAAGAGUCUCUCCUGGAGAUGCUGUAUCACUUCCUGGAGCAGGACCCACCCCUCAACCCGCUGCUCGCCAGCUUCUUCAGCAAAACCAUCGGCAAUCUGAUCGCCAGGAAAACGGAAGAGGUGAUCACCUUUCUCAAGAAGAAGGAAGGCUUCAUCGGUCUGGUGUUGAAACACAUAGAUGCGUCCGCUAUGAUGGACUUGCUACUUCGCCUCAUCAGCUGCGUAGAGCCUGCCCCCUUGAGGCAGGAGGUCCUCCAUUGGCUGAACGAGGAGAAGCUGGUUCAAAGACUCAUAGAGCUUAUCCAUACCGGUAAAGAUGAGGAGAGACAAUCAAACGCAUCCCAAACACUUUGUGACAUUAUUCGCCUUAGCCGAGACCAGGCCAAUCAGAUGCAGGAGAACACGGAGGCCGACCCACUAUUGGCCGCGCUGGAGUCGCAAGAAACGGUAGCGGGACUCCUCAAGAACAUGUUUGAGGGCGAAAGGAACGAGGCUUCCAUCGUAAACGGAACUCAAGUGCUACUUACCUUACUGGAGACCAGGAGGUCCGGGUUGGAAGGGCUGAUGGAUCUGUAUUCUCAGGGUUACGAAAGGUCUUACACUGUCAACAGCAGUAUUUUAAAUGCCAUUGAGCCCCAUUUAAAGAAUUUCCAGCAGCUUCUUCUGGAUCCCCCAAAGAAAGGUGCAAUACUGACCACCGUCGGCGUUCUAGAUCAGCCACUGGGGAACGCUCGCCUUCACGUGGCCCGACUGGUGGCUGCCCUCCUGCAGACCACUUCCCCCGGUAUCUGCCAGGAGCUCUGCGACCUCGGCACCAUGGACCUACUACUGGAUCUGUUCUUCAAAUACUCGUGGAAUAACUUUUUGCACUUCCAAGUGGAGCUCUGCGUGGCGGCCAUCCUAAACCAUCCCUCCUCAGAAGAGCGACCCAACCCGGGUCUCCAGAACCACGACGGGCAGCACGCGACUCCGACCGUGGAAACUCACGCAGAGUCGACCGUGUCGGGUGGGACCAAUGACCCGCAGGCCUCCCUCCACAGUACCCUCGUGGCACACCUUUUCCAGAAAUGUCGAUUGGUACAAAAGAUCCUCGAAGCCUGGGAAGACAAUGAUAAAAUACAGGCUGAGGGUGGCACCAGGAGAGGCAACAUGGGUCAUCUGACUAGAAUUUCCAACAUGGUGGUCCAGAACCUGGAGAAGGGGCCAGUACAGGCCCAGAUCGCUGACCUCAUCACAGAGCUGCCAGAGGACUGCAGAGGUCGUUGGGAGAGCUUCGUGGACGAGACCCUGAGAGAAACGAACAGAAGGAACACAGUGGAACUGGUGAGCACGCACAACAUGCACUCCUCAAGCGAGGAUGACGACAUGGAGAGCCCUUUCCCCAACGACCUGUCCCUCCAACAGGCUUUUUCUGACUAUCAGAUCCAGCAGAUGACCGCCAACUUCGUGGAUCAGUUCGGGUUCAACGACGAGGAGUUCAGCGAACACGACGAAAACAUCAACGCCACAUUUGACAGGAUCGCAGAAAUAAACUUCAAUUUCGAUUCCGACGACAACAGCGCCAACGCAGCUGCUUUCGAGGCCUGUUGUAAAGAGAGGAUACAACAGUUUGACGACGGCGACGAGGAAGAGGAUAUUUGGGAGGAGAAGGAGAUAAACUAUGCAACACAAGCAAAAUCCAGAACAAGGUUCGGCGUGUCCCAAACCUCAGAAGGAAGCUCUCGGAGCAGUCUGGAAAAUGGUGGGCAGGAGCAAGACUGCGGUUCUGAAUCAGACGAGGAGGAAGAUUUUGACCAGACCGCUUCUGACGCAGGUCCUGGUUGGACAGCAAAUUUCAGGGACUCUGAUGGAAUCACGGCAUCCCAGGCUCCGUCAGGGUGGGACGCGCUUCCCGCUGGCGGUGGAAACGAAACCCAGGAAACGGGCUGGGCCAAUUUCACGGCAUUCCAGCCUUUCUCGAGCGCAGAGAUGGAGCACAGGUGCAGCUCCCCAGUGGACGCUGGAGGCAGCGACGCAGAUAAACAAGCCAAACAAAACCACGAGAAGGGGGACCCCAGCUCCGCUCUCUGCGCGGGGCCUUCGGGGGACGCUCCAAAGGAUCCUCCCUCCGCCUCAGACGUCAACUCGCCCGGAGGCUCCGACAGCGAGGAAGUCGUCCCCGCCUCAACUGUCGUCUCAAAAGCGCCGGCCCUCACAAGUGAGGAGAGUCCUGUGUCCCUGGAGAAACUCAGUCUGUCCGAUCCCGCCGAGGCCUCUGAGCAGCAGCAGCAGCCGCCUGAGGAAUCGCCUGUAACCCCACAGACCGGCAGGAAAGAGGAGACGCCACCCCCCCAAGAAGUGGCCGUCAACGGUCCGGUGUGAACACGCGCGUGCGCUUCGGCGGGGGAUGUUGAAAAUGAACUGUAAGGCUCCUCCCAGAGUGACUCCUUUUAAAGUAAACCUCAGUGCAACUCCAGUGUUUUUUUUUUUUUUUUUGACCGAAUCACUCUGCCACGUUAUUGGACCCGGACACUGCCAAUUGACACCAGUAACGAGGCGGCGGAACAUGUAAAAAAAAAAAAAAAAAAAAAAGAUAUACAUGAAUAUAUAUAUAUAUAUAUAAAAGAAAAAGGACAAAAACACAGAACAGCCUGUAAGAUCUUCAAAGGCCCCCCCCCCCCGUGUUGCACAUGAAUACGUGCGGUUUUAAUGUAGCAGCAAUCUUUGGAUUGGGGGGGGGGGUAACAAUAACAGCAUCAUUAUUUUUUUAUGUCCAAAACGAUUUCUCUUAUUGGUAGAACGUGACAGUUUGGCUUUUACAUUGUGGCAAGAUGUCGGGAUAGCACAGGAUACUAUUUUUCUCUUUGUUUUUCAUGCGCCUCAAUAACAAGCCUGUUUAUGAAUUUUUUUUUUUUUUUUUUUUGACAAAGCACUUGUUCAGCCAUUUCCUGCCUGUUCUAGCACAAAAUCAGUGUUAAACAUUCACCUUUUGCGGGCUGUAUGUUUCCACUCAAAAGCAUUUUGGGUUCACUCUAUUCCUGUUUACUUCAUUAGUAAGAUAUUUUCUUUUUAUUUUUUGGGGGGAGGGGGAGGUUACUUUGCCGUUAUAAGAAACUUCUCCAUCGGGUGUCUGUCACGAAGGAUGAGGGUCAAGGAAACGGAGCUGUAAUAGUAUUAGUUUUUAGCUCAUUAAUGUGCAAUAAUAUCAGUCAUUUCCUAAUUUAAAUUCAACCUAUUUUAAAAGAAAUCACGCUGGCAGUUCUUUGUAGGGUUGCUCGAGUAGAAAACCUUUUUAAUGGUAUGUCUUUUCAAUUGAGUGCAUGUGUAAGUCAGCUCAGACCUUCUGAUUGUAUAGAUCUUAACUUCCUCCCCCAUGAAUUUGUUUUUAAUCAGACAAACGUCUUUUACCAAAUAUCCAAGUGCGAAUUUCCAUUUUACAGGUCAUUUUACAAGCAAUCGGACACACUCUUUUCGUCGGUUUCAAUCUCGCUUGCUCUCUGCUAAGGACACAGGAUAGAAGUGUGGCAUCUAGAAGGAGUGAUGCUGUAUUUUUUUUUUCUUCAGUUUUCUCUGUUUAAUUUAAUUAGAACUCAAGGCUGCAGGUUUGGGGGGGGGGGGG